CUACCUCCAUCGUCUUUCUUUCUACCAACUUUCCUCGAAAUACGUCAUAUGAAAUUUAGUAGUCCGAGUUUCCUCUGGCUCGGACACCAUGUUUGGUCAGGACCAGAGGAAACUCUGGCUAGACGUAUGGACAAACAGUCGGACGGACGCCAAAUUAGCCGACAGCCGUAAGCAGGAAAGGUUGCAAUAGUUGAACGUACGUCAGACACACUUCAUAUGGAUGUAGUCUGAAGAUUUGACAGGUUUCAAAACUUGUUAAUUGUCUUGGAGGGGGCGAAUAAUUUCUCAUUUUACCUUUGUAGAUUCCAGUUCGAACACUAUUUUAUCUGUAAGUCCGGAUGGAGUGCACCAUUGGCAUUAUAGUGUAUAAAAGGGGUGUCCACUAAAUAAGGAAAGGUGACGUUUUCAUAGACUAUGUAUAGGUUAAAAAACAAUAUUUAAGGGACCGAGAAAAAUCAUUCCAUUAGUACGACAUUGCCGAACUUUUAUUCCAAUUAUAAACCCUUAUAUAUAAUCUUUAUGCGAAUCCCGUUUUUCGUGUGAUAUAUUAUGACUGGCGCAGCAUCUCUGUAACCUUGGUAAUGGGAUGGAAUAAUGAGUUAUAUAUAGACAAGAAGUGAUGGCGACAGAGGUAGAGAGGAAAGGCAGCAGCCGAAGUGGCCGAAAUCGCUAGACGUCUACAAUCAGCCAAGGAGAACGGCAUUCUGGAUUUGUCUGACUGUAGUCUGCUGAAGGUGCCGGAUGCCAUUUACAUGGUUCUAAGAGGAACGGCUCUACAGUCCUGUAACUUAUCACAGAACCAGUUACAGAAAGUUCCACCCAAGUUAGCAGCCAAUUUCAACGUACUCCGAGAACUAAAUCUCAGCCAUAACUCCAUAUCCGAGUUACCGGAAGAAAUACUUUCGAUCUCGGAGCUGAAUAAUUUAGAUCUCUCGACGAAUCGCCUUCGUGAAGUACCACAAGUCAUUUACCAUUUUGUUAAUCUAAAGGUGCUGAAGAUGGGCAAGAAUGCAAUCUCUG